GGCAGGUGCAGGGGCCCGGCUAGCGGGGAGGGGGCGGCGGCCAUGGAGCGGGUGAACGAUGCUUCUUGCGGCCCGUCGGGCUGCUACACCUACCAGGUGAGCAGGCACAGCACAGAGAUGCUGCACAACCUGAACCAGCAGCGCAAAAACGGCGGGCGCUUCUGCGAUGUGCUCUUGCGGGUGGGUGAUGAGAGCUUCCCAGCGCACCGCGCCGUGCUGGCUGCCUGCAGCGAGUACUUUGAGUCGGUGUUCAGUGCCCAGCUGGGCGACGGCGGAACUGCGGACGGGGGUCCCGCUGAUGUGGGGGGCGCGGCGGCAACCCAGGGCGGCGGGACCGGGGGCAGCCGGGAGCUGGAGAUGCACACCAUCAGCUCCAAGGUGUUCGGGGAUAUCCUGGACUUCGCCUAUACUUCCCGCAUUGUGGUGCGCCUGGAGAGCUUCCCGGAGCUCAUGACGGCCGCCAAGUUCCUGCUGAUGAGGUCGGUCAUUGAGAUCUGCCAAGAAGUCAUCAAACAGUCCAACGUGCAGAUCUUGGUGCCCCCUGCCCGGGCCGACAUCAUGCUUUUUCGCCCCCCUGGGACCUCGGACUUGGGCUUCCCUUUGGACAUGACCAAUGGGGCAGCAUUGGCAGCCAACAGCAAUGGCAUCGCGGGCAGCAUGCAGCCCGAGGAAGAGGCAGCCCGGGCAGCAGGUGCAGCCAUUGCUAGCCAAGCUUCCCUGCCUGUGUUACCUGGGGUGGACCGUUUGCCCAUGGUGGCUGGACCCCUAUCUCCCCAACUGCUGACUUCCCCAUUCCCUAAUGUGGCAUCCAGUGCCCCUCCCCUGACUGGCAAGCGAGGCCGGGGCCGCCCAAGGAAGGCCAACCUGCUGGACUCAAUGUUCGGGUCCCCAGGGGGCCUGAGAGAGGCAGGCAUCCUUCCCUGUGGCCUGUGUGGGAAGGUGUUCACGGAUGCUAACCGGCUCCGGCAGCAUGAGGCCCAGCACGGUGUUACCAGCCUCCAACUGGGCUACAUCGACCUUCCUCCUCCAAGGCUGGGUGAGAAUGGGCUACCUAUCUCUGAGGACCCCGAUGGCCCCCGAAAGAGGAGUCGAACCAGGAAGCAGGUGGCUUGUGAGAUCUGCGGCAAGAUCUUCCGUGAUGUGUAUCAUCUCAACCGGCACAAGCUGUCCCACUCUGGGGAGAAGCCCUACUCCUGCCCUGUGUGUGGGCUGCGGUUCAAGAGAAAAGACCGCAUGUCCUACCAUGUGCGGUCCCAUGAUGGGUCCGUGGGCAAGCCCUACAUCUGCCAGAGCUGUGGGAAAGGCUUCUCCAGGCCUGAUCACUUGAAUGGACAUAUCAAGCAGGUGCACACUUCUGAGCGGCCACACAAGUGUCAGACCUGCAAUGCUUCUUUUGCCACUCGAGACCGUCUGCGCUCCCAUUUGGCCUGUCAUGAAGACAAGGUGCCCUGCCAGGUGUGUGGGAAGUACUUGCGGGCAGCAUACAUGGCAGACCACCUGAAGAAGCACAGCGAGGGGCCCAGCAACUUCUGCAGUAUCUGUAACCGAGGUUUCUCCUCUGCCUCCUACUUAAAGGUCCAUGUUAAAACCCACCACGGUGUUCCCCUUCCCCAGGUCUCCAGGCACCAGGAGCCCAUCCCGAAUGGGGGAGCAGCGUUCCACUGCGCCAGGACCUAUGGCAACAAAGAAGGCCAGAAAUGCUCACAUCAGGAUCCGAUUGAGAGCUCUGACUCCUAUGGUGACCUCUCAGAUGCCAGCGACCUGAAGACGCCAGAGAAGCAGAGCGCCAAUGGCUCUUUCUCCUGUGACAUGGCGGUCCCCAAAAACAAAAUGGAGUCUGAUGGGGAGAAGAAGUACCCAUGCCCUGAAUGUGGGAGUUUCUUUCGCUCUAAGUCCUACCUGAACAAACACAUCCAGAAGGUGCAUGUCCGAGCCCUUGGGGGCCCCCUGGGGGACCUGGGCCCUGCCCUUGGCUCACCUUUCUCUCCCCAGCAGAACAUGUCUCUCCUUGAGUCCUUUGGGUUUCAGAUUGUUCAGUCGGCGUUUGCAUCAUCUUUAGUAGAUCCUGAGGUUGACCAGCAGCCCAUGGGGCCUGAGGGGAAGUGAGGCAGAUGCUGCAUCCCCACAGAAACAGCCAUGCGGGGACUGCUGAGAAAUGCUGUGAAUGCGGAGGGAAGUGAUGUCUUUGGGUUCUGUAGCUGAGAGAUUUUUAUUCGUUUUUAACUACCCUCCCCCACUCCCAGCCCCACUCCCUCUCCACCACCCACUCCCCCAGUGGUCUUUAGAAAUAGAUUCUCAUCUGAUACACUGCAGAAAUAUCUGCAAGACCCGGACAAGGGCAGAAAACACUACAUAGGCCUUCAAGGGAACACCAGUCCCGGUUUUUCUAAUAGGUGGAAGCUGGAAUUCCUGGUGCUCAACUCUUAGUGACUCCAGUCCCAAACCCAAACCCCAUGGCAUUCUGGGCAUAAGUUUCUACCCACUUAUACAACACUGAUGCCCAAUUGUUGUUUUUAAGGAAGCUAGAAGCCUAUAGCAUCACACGGACCAUGGGGUGAGUGUCCUUUGAGAGCCCCCAUAAGCUCAACUCUUGGCCUGGAGGACCCCAGACCUUCCUGAGCCCUUCUUGGAGACUAGCAUUUCCCUGCUAGGACAAGCUCAGCUAUUGAGGACACCCCCCACCCCAAAUUCCAGUUCUUAUGUGAUUUUAACCAUUGAACUUGCUGGUGGGUUUUAAUUCUCUAAUUAUUAUUAUUAUUGUUAUUAUUUUUUAGGACCAGUUGUAGUGAAUUGCUACUGAAAGCUAUCCCAGGUGAUACAGAGCUCUUUGUAAACCGCAGUCACAUAUUAGGGUUAGUAUUAAACUUUGUUUAGAUGUACCAUAAUUAACUUGGCUAGUUGAUUGUUUGAAGUCUAUGGAAGAAAUAGUUUUAUGCGAAAUUUUUAAAAAUGUCAGUCUGGUCAGGGAGGUAGGGGUUUCAAUGCUUUUGAGAGCCAGGAAGGUGGGAAAACCAGCAGGUAGGGACAUUGUGUACCUUGGUUGUGUCACACGUGAUCAAGCCCAGGUUGACCUUGUGAUGUGAAUUGAUCUGAUCAGACUGUAUUAAAAACGUUAGUACGUUA